UAGAAAAGUUCAGAAGGAAGGAAACUGAUAAUAACUGAUAUACCCGGGAUUUCAAAUACGUCUUCAAAAUAAAGCAAAAAUGGCGGACGAUGACGAGAUUGACGUUUUGGGAGAUUUUUCUUUUAAUUCCUGUUUAGCACAAAAUAAUCAAGGAAUUCCCUCUUGCUCAAGCCGGGAGGAUACAGUGCACCCGCAGUGGCUACUAGACUCGACUGUCGCUAACUGGUAUGACAAUGAACGGGAAAAGAGGGCAAAAUAUGGUCCGUCUAGGAAACUGUCGGGGGACUCCAGGCUAAAACACCAGCGUGUACAGCACUCGUCAUGGAGCCAGGCUGAGAGAGAUUUACUUGGCAAGGAAAUGGCCAAAUAUGGAAGGGACUUUCAUAAAAUAUCCCAAACAAUAAAAACAAAGUCAGCAGCUGAAAUACAAGCAUUAAUAGAAGCAGAGUAUGGUGUCAAACUUGACGACCCUUCCAUGGGGCUCAUGAAGAAUGAAGAACAGGAUGACAUCCCGAGUGUGGGGCAGGAGGAGAUUGUCACCGAUGACUCCAGUAUCAGCAAUGUUUUGAGCCUGGUUACCACUGCCUCACCGACUAUUACGGUACCUAAGAAACCAUUCAGGAAGAAAAACAAUAAUGUAACCCACAAAAGUCUGAAACCCUUACAGAAAUCUGAUCUCAUUGUAAAUCCAUCUGAAAUAUAUUAUGAAGAUGAACUUAUAAUAGGGCCUACAGAGUCUGUAGGAUCCCUGGAACCAAAGGAAGACCAUACAAAGCUAAAAACUAUGGCUAAACAACAGAAGGACAAAGUGAAAGCUGUAAAGAAAAUUGGUAAUCACCGGAGGAAAGUGUCAAAGAACUUUGAUAAAGGUAGGGCUAGAACCAGCAGUAAGGAGCUCUUGAAGUCUCCUCAGGAGAGGCGGAGGAAGGAUUCAGGGGUGUCUGAGGAGAGUAUAAAGAGUCUUAAAUUGCAAAUUGUCUUGGGCUCGGGACAGGCGUUACAUGUUUCAGAAGGGGAGCAAGUGAUUAAAAUAGAGAAAAAGAAGGAUUCAGAAUCAGACAGUGAUAUAGAAGUAGAUGUAGACAGUGAUUCUGAGAAACCCGUCAAGAGGGCAGAAAUUAAUGCUGAGUCGGCUGAGAAAGAUAGUGGCAGUAUGGUGUCCGAGGUGGAAGCUCCAAUAGCAGUGCCAUUAAAUAAGUUCGGUCUGCCACCUAAGAGACAGAAGAAAAUUGUUUUGGACGGCGGCGGCGGCUACACGAUCGCGCACACGGCGGCGGGCGACGUGCUGCAGCGGCGCCGGGAGCCGCGCCCGGCGCGCGCGCCGCGCCCGCGGCCCGAGCGGCUGCUGCCCUGCCGCGUCUACAACGCCGAGCGACCGGCACCGUAUUCGGUGGUCCUAUCAGUAUCGGCCCUGCUCCUGAUGGACGCGCACGCGCACGGCUCGCGCGCCGAGGUGAUGGGGCUGCUGGGCGGCCGGCUCCGGCGCGGCGAGCUGCAGCUGCGCGCCUACCGCGCCGCCGCCGCCGCCGCCGGCACCACGCACUGCGACAUGGAUCCCGGUAUCCCCGCUGCAGUGUCGCAGGCGGCGGCGGGCGCGUGGCUGCAGGCGCGCGGGCUGCGCGUGGUGGGCUGGCACCACUCGCACCCGCGCUUCCCGCCGGAGCCCUCGGCGCUGGACCUGCGCCAGCAGGCCGCGCUGCAGGCCGUGCUCGAGCCCUUCGCCGCGCUCGUCACCUCGCAACACUGGCCCGCCGGCCGCACCGCCUCGCAGUACAGAUGCUUCCGCGUAGAGCAUCCCGACGCGGAGGAAACCGAGCCGCAAGGCUUCCAGCUGCGCGUGCGGCUGCAGGCCGACGUGACCGCGGCGUCGGCGCCGGGCCUGCUGCGCGGCCUGCGCGCGCUGCUGCUGCGCCGGCCGCCCGACCCGCACCGCGUGCGCGUGCACACGGACGUGUGCCCGCAGGCCCAGCUCACGUACCUGGAGAAGUGCGUGUCGAGCAUGUCGCACCACCUGCGCGCGGCGGGCUACGCGGAGCGCGCCCCGGAGGUGGCGCUGCUCACGGAGGGGCUGCGGGACAUCUGCCGCAGCCCCAAUGAAUAAUCCCAUAGCAUCAUCAAAUACCACAUUUCUGCAACUAGAUCAUUUUCAUUAAUGGUAACUUUGUGAUUUCUGAUGAUUAUCGAGCAUCACAAUUGUAACAUAAUGUGAAAUUCCAAAUUCUAUUUAUUUCAAAUUCCAUUCAUUGUGUUUUACGUUUUCCUUAAUUUUAUAAAACACCUUUAUGCUCAGAAACAUAUUCAUAUUAGUUUCGUAUUUCUGUCAGUAUUGUUUAAUUAUAGUUAUUGUAUAAAAUAAAUUGCUAUAUUAGUUUUUAUAAUAUUUUUGCUAUUUGGUGUAUAUGACAAUAAUACUUGUAAGAAGUUAAUGUUUCGACAUAUUUAUAAUGAUAAUUUGUAAGAAAUAACUUGAUUUAUGUUGAUUAAAACAGUCUAAAGAAUUUAA